AUGGUUUAGUAUUAAAAAUUGAUGACGCCAAUAAUUGUGUGAAAAUGUUAAAUGGAAAUAUAGUAGAAAUUGAAAACAUAGCUUCAAAAGAAUCAGAUCAAUCAAUAAUAGUUAUUGGAAGGUGUUAUGAAAAGUUUAAUGACUUUUUUCAUAAUCCUUGUUCAUCUUCAAUGUUUGGUAUACAAAUAGUAAAUCAAUUAGGCAGGGCUUUGCACCCGAACGUAACCCGAAACCCGAAACCCGAAUUAACCCAAAUAAAUAGCAUAACCCGAAACCCAUAUUUACAAAACCGAUUGAAAAAAAUAAACACCCGAAAAACACCCGAAAUAACCCGAAACCCGAAUAUAAAUUCUGGUUAACCUGAAACCCGAAUUAUUAAAAAUUAAGUAGCAUAUCAAUUUGUAUGUAUUUUUUGCGACUAAGAAGAUAAGAAUAUAAUAAUGUAAGUGUUUAACGCGGAUAACUCAAUUAUCAAUAAUCGCUUAUCAACUAAUCAGUGUCGACAACGAAGUUAUUAUAUAGAUAAAACAAUAAUAUGUUUUACAUGGUUUUACCGAUAUUUCAAUAUUGACUACACUGUUCUUGAUUACAAACAAUAAGAAAUAAGAAUAUUAUUCUCUCAUAAUUAUUCAUUGAUUAUUCAAACACCAAACGACCAAACGGCAAACACGUGUUAUUGUUAUAAAAGAAAAUAUAAUAAAAUCUUUAGUACUCUUUAGUCUUUACCAGUUUAUCUACAUCAAUAUUCAUUAACAAUGGGUAGAAAAAGAACUUCUCCUGUUCAUAAGUAUUUCAAGUUUAAUGUUUCUACUGGGAAGUCAGAAUGUCAAAUAGAGUCUUGUGGACAUGAACUUGUAGGUGAGCAUGCAAAAAACUUAGAGCGCCAUGUCGAAAGUUUGCAUUAUGAAAUUUUUGAAAAAAAUUUGUCUGCAAAAUCAAGGGGAAUUGAAAAAAGGCAGAUAAAUAAUUAUGAACAUACAACUAUUAAGCAAAAACCAAUGACACAACCAAAACUACAUUUUGAAAAUAAGAAAUCAAAAUGUAUUUCUAUUGAGCUUACAGCAUACCAACUCAUGAAUGCUUGUACAGAAUUAGUAACGGUUAAUGGACGACCAUUUGAACUUAUAGAGGAUAGUGGAUUUCGUAAAAUUUUAAAUCCUUUAUUAAAAGGUAUGGCCUGUUUGGAUAAUGGCUGUAAUGUCAUCAAUAAACGUAAUGUACGGUCAAAUGUUAUUGAUAAAUCAAAUGAAGUUGUGGCAAAUAUUAAAGAAUUGGUUAAAAAUAAAUUAUUAUGCCUUAAAAUGGAUUGUGCGUCAAGAAAGGAUAAGUCCAUAUUAGGAAUUAAUGUUCAAUAUGCAGCUGCUGAUACAACAGUGACUACUUUACACACAUUAGCUAUGAUAGAGUUAACCCAACAACACACUGCUGAGUAUUUAAAAGAAAAGGUCAAUGAAGUUCUUAAAGUUUUUGAAAUUAAAAAACAACAAAUUCUCACAAUCACGACUGACAAUGCUAGAAAUUUUGUCAAGAUGGUAGACUUAAUGCAUAAAGAAAGUUAUGAUGAAGAAUUGUUAGAAGAUAAUACAAAUAAUAAUCCAAUUAGUGAAGAUUUGGAAUUGGAACCUCUAGAUGGCUUAGAAGAUGAUUUAGUAAUUGCGAUUUCAAACGAAAACAAUGAUUUUGAUUUUGAAGAACAAACUAUGAAGCCUCUACAUGUGUUAAUUCGUUGCUCUGUACAUACUUUACAACUUUGUGUGGAGGAUGCACUUAAAUCAACAUCUGAUCGAAAAUUUAUUUCUAAAAUGAGAGAGAUAGUGAAAAAAUUAAGAACACCAACAGUAUUUCGAAUGAUAAAAAGUCUUCAUCCACAAGCUAAAAAGGCAAUCAUUGAUGUGGAGACUCGAUGGGGUAGUUCUUGUGACAUGUUAAAUCGCCUCUUAGAGUUAAAAGAUGUGUGUAAAGAUGUAUCCGAUACAUUUAAAGAAUUGAAUGUAACUGAUGAUCAAUGGCAGAAAACAGACAUUUUAGUAAAAGCUUUAUUACCUGCUAAGCAAGCAACAGUUCAACUACAAAAAGAAGACCUGACUAUUGGAGAUUUUUAUGGAAUUUGGCUUAGAUGUUACAGAGAUACUAAGAAAGUAGGAUCAGGCUUAUCGAAGAGUUUAUCUACUUCAAUGGAAAGAAGAGAAAAAUUAUUGUUGGAUAAUCCUAUUUUUUUAGCUGGUAUCUAUUUAGACCCAAGAUUUCAAUGUCUCCUAGAUAAUGACUCCAAGUGUAAAUCAAUUAAUAUUUUAGUUGAUGUGUGGAAGAUGAUUUUAUGGUUAGAUAAAAGUUCAAGACCAAUUACAAAUGAUGAAAUUAUUGUAUCUCCAACUCAUUGUGAGGUUGACAAUCAUAAUUUGUCAAAUGUUGAAGAUGAUGAUUUGGAAAAUUUUAUUAAAACUAAAACAUGUGUUUCUAUACAAGAACAAAAUGAAAGCGUUGAAGCAAUACCAAUUCGUUUGUUAUUACAAAGCUAUGAUAAUAUUCCACGUUUACAUCAUUCCUCGGGUAUCAGACAGUAUUGGCAGGAUUUGAAGUUGAUUAAACCAGAGCUUUUUAGAUUAGCACAAGUAAUCCUAAGUGUUCCCGUUACUCAAGUAAGUACUGAACUUUUUUAGAUUAUUAAUUAAUAAUUAUUAAUAGUUUUAGA